CCUGCGUGGGUGUGUGGAAGGCAGCUGCUCUCCUGCCUCUCCCCAGGUCUCAGGAGGAAGAGGCAGCUCCCAGGAGGUGCACAGGUACCACCCUGCGUCCUUUCUGCACCGCAGCCCGGGCUGGAGCCAGCGGCUGGAAGACCUCAGAAGACCUUGUAUUCUCUCAGGUCCACCCAUGGCUUCAGGCUCUGAGAAGCAAGCUUCCAGGGAAAUGUCAGGGGCGUGGAGCUCCAGGCCUGCCUGGGCGACCUGGCCACUGCGGAGGCCACAGCGCCACGGGGAGACCACGCGGCCGUGGUGCCGCCAGCAGGUGAACAGGAGGCUGGCCCACGGGAGGAACACCUUGGUGCUCUGAGAGUCUAUUGCUCAUUUCCCCCUGUUGAUGGAGACAUGGGAACUGGGGAGGCAUUUCUGUAAAAUGAGAGGAAGGACAGGGUAAGCUCAGAAGAACACGGAGGGAAGCUGGGAUUGGCCACAAGAUCUGAGGGGUAGCAGAGAGGAUGGCGGCUGUCACUAGUUAAUUCCAGCAGAUCUUGUCCCAUGAGUAUUAGGGCCCAGGUAGACAGAACUUCUUAUUUUUCAAGAGUCAGAGAUCCUGAUUUUGGUAUGUGUAGUAUUUUGAUUAAAUAAAGUGAUCAAAUAAAAUAGUCUAUGGGCUACCGGUUUGCAAGCUCUGGUUAAGAUCUGUGUGGGAAAAGAAGUGCUGACUUCAAACUGAACUAUGGGUGACAGAAACGAAACCACUUACAAUUUGUUUUAUAUUAGAAUAAAUAUUGAUUAAAUUAUGGGUUUCUUAAAGGCAAGUAUUAUAGGUUCAUGCAUUUCAUUUUACUUCUGUUGUUUCUCUGUCAUGUUAGUCUUUUAAGCUAUUUAUCCUGUUAAUGAUAACUCAUGAGCUAGAAGAACAAUAAUAAAACAGCUAAAAUAUAUUUUAAAAAAAGAUCUGUGUGGGGCACAGAAAAUAUCUUAGGAUUGGUGGUCUGAGGACGCAGGUUCCAAUUCUAAGUUGGCCUCUAAUGGGUAAACUCUUUUUCCUUCUGGUUCUCACUUGCCUCAAUGUCAAGAGGAGGUCGGCCAACCCUCAGGGUUUCAUGAACACAGUGCAGGUGUACCUCGGUGUAUGGUGCAUCACUUUGUUGCACUUGGCAGAUACUGCAUUUUUUACAAAUCGAAGAGACAGCCUGCCGCCCCUCAGGCAGGAGGCCCAGCAAGAUGCAAGCCUUCAGAAUCUGGGAUGUUAACCAGAAGACCUUCUACCUGAGGAACAACCAACUAGUUGCCGGAUACUUGCAAGGACCAAAUACGAAACUAGAAGAGAAGAUAGACGUGGUGCCCGUCGAGCCCCACACUGUGCUCCUGGGCAUCCACGGCGGGAAGCUGUGCCUGGCCUGCGUCAAGGCUGGCGAUGAGAUCAGGCUCCAGCUGGAGGAGGUCAACAUCACUGACCUAAGCAAGACCACGGAGCAGAACAAGCGCUUCACCUUCAUCCGCUCGGACAGCGGCCCCACCACCACCUUCGAGUCGGCCGCCUGCCCCGGCUGGUUCCUCUGCACAGCCCUGGAGGCCGACCAGCCCGUCAGCCUCACCAAUGAGCCCCGGGAGGCGGUCAGGGUCACCAAGUUCUACUUCCACCAGGACUAGUGGUGCUGUCACUCCGCCCUAGGCCAGCACAUCCAGGCUCCAGACGCCCCUCUGCCCUGCCCGGGGUCCCAGCCUGGGGGGGUCCGGGGAGCAGCAGUGGCAGGUGGGCCCCCCGAAGGAACUGAGGAGCCUGGUGUCCAACUCUGUCUCCAGCCCCUUAGCUGCCGCAACCUUCAUGCCGCCCCGAGUGGUCUCUCUGAAGGGCAACUGGGACCACAAUGUGGCUUCACGCCCUUCCUGCAGCAUCACCUGUGCCUUCCGGAUAGCAGCCCGGCCACCUGCCAGGCUGGACACCCUCUGCUCCCCCCUCCCAGCUCCCUGCCUACCCACUGUCCACGCCCAGAUCCCAGAAGCCACUCACUCACCUCCCACCAAGUGGCUCUCAAACCUUGUUUGCAAACCUUGGGAUAGCAGCGCUUUUAGGGUCUGUGGCCAAAUGAAAAAUAAGGAUUUCACAGUAUUUUAAAGGACCACUGUAUCCAAUUGUAAGAUGCUUUAGUUGGGGAUUGUGCCCUUCCUGGAAGGGGGUGGGAGAGCAAAACAUCCAUGUGUUUGUGAAAAACUAUGAUGAAAGCAAGUCUCCUUUUUUUUUUCGUUCUUAUUGUUGUAACGCCCUAACCGGUAAAAUGAGAAGUUAAUGUACCAGGGUGCCUAAUUUUUUUCUUUCUGAAACGUUCCUGUAAGUCUGGACCCCACUGCCCGGGCCCAAGCACCAUCUGUACUCCAGGCCUCCCCCAGCGGCUGGCAGUGCUCCCAGCACAGCUGGCCCCGGUCCUCCUCCCUCCGAGGUGAGAGGCUCCUGAUCAUCUCAGCACUUCCACGCGGAGGCUGGUCUGAGAUGCCUGGUGUCUGGAUGCCGCCAGCCUGGAGCAGGGACAGGGACUUGGGUGUGUCAGCUCCUCGCAGGGCUGAGUGUGUGGCGGCCCUUAUGUGCUGUCUGUGUCCAGUGGAAAGUUCCCUGUUCCCUGUCACUUAAGCUCUGUUUUACAAUAAAACCUUAAAAAUGCA